UCUCCAGGGGGACGUCCGCUGUAGGUUUCUCUAGUGGAGUCCACUUUCACUCGGACGUUCUCCUUCCUUGUCCAAGAUGGCAACACUAAGUGUAAACAAAAUCGGGUCUGGCGCUGGGAUGGAUGCCGGGAACAGGCACAGCCGAAGUCCGGCGGGGCCUGUUGUGAAGGUUUUGGAAUGUGGAGUCUGUGAAGAUGUAUUUUCAUUGCAAGGAGACAAAGUUCCCAGACUUCUUUUAUGUGGUCAUACUGUCUGUCAUGACUGUCUUACUCGACUUCCUCUCCAUGGCAGAGCAGUUCGGUGUCCUUUUGAUCGACAAGUUACUGAACUAGGUGAUUCUGGUGUAUGGGGAUUGAAAAAAAACUUUGCUUUGUUGGAACUCCUGGAGCGAUUGCAGAAUGGAUUGGGUGGUCAGUGUGGAAUGAUUGAAGAAACAAUUGGCCUAUCUGGAGAGUGCAUCAUCCGAUGUGAUGAAGAUGACACUCAUCUGGCUUCUGUGUACUGCACUGUUUGUGCUACUCACCUGUGUACAGACUGUUCCCACCUUACACAUUCUACAAAGACACUAGCAAAACACAGACGUGUUCCCCUUGCUGAUAAGCCACAUGAAAAGACGAUGUGUUCUCAGCACCAAGUGCAUGCCAUUGAAUUUGUGUGCUUGGAAGAAGGUUGUCAGGCCAAUCCUCUCAUGUGUUGCGUGUGCAAAGAAUACGGAAAACACCAGGGUCAUAAACACAGUAUUUUGGAACCAGAAGCAAAUCAGAUCCGUGCUUCCAUUUUAGAUAUGGCUCACUGUAUAAGAACUUUUACAGAAGAAAUCUCAGAUUAUUCUCGGAAACUAGAUGGAAUUGUACAACAAAUAGAGGGAGGAGAACAGCUCUUCGAGGAUGGUAUAGGAAUGACCCAUACAGAACAUGUUCCAGGCACAGCAGAGAAUGCUCGGUCAUGUAUCAGAGCCUAUUUUUCUGAUCUUCACGAGACUCUUUGCCGCCAAGAAGAAAUGGCACUUAGUGUGGUAGAUGCACAUGUGCGAGAAAAAUUGAUCUGGCUUAGGCAACAGCAAGAAGAUAUGACUAUCCUGUUAUCACAAGUUUCAACAGCAUGUCUUCACUGUGAAAAGACUUUACAGCAGGAUGACUGUAGAGUUGUUUUGGCUAAACAAGAGAUUACAAGGCUUUUAGAAACAUUGCAGAAACAACAACAACAAUUCACAGAACUUGCAGACCACAUUCAACUUGAUGCUAGCAUUCCAGUUACUUUUACAAAGGACAACAGAGUACACAUUGGACCAAAAAUGGAGAUUAGAGUGGUGACCCUUGGAUUAGAUGGAGCAGGCAAAACUACUAUUUUAUUUAAACUAAAACAAGAUGAGUUCAUGCAACCCAUUCCAACCAUAGGGUUUAAUGUUGAGACAGUAGAAUAUAAAAACCUGAAAUUCACUAUUUGGGAUGUAGGUGGCAAACACAAACUGAGGCCUUUAUGGAAACAUUAUUACCUCAAUACACAAGCCGUGGUCUUUGUCAUUGAUAGCAGCCAUAGAGACAGAGUUAGUGAGGCACACAGUGAACUUGCCAAACUGCUAACAGAGAAGGAGCUGCGCGAUGCCUUGUUACUGAUCUUUGCUAACAAGCAGGAUGUGCCAGGGGCACUUUCAGUAGAAGAAAUCACAGAAUUACUGAAUCUCCACAAACUUUGCUGCGGUCGUAGCUGGUACAUUCAAGGUUGUGAUGCACGAAGCGGCAUGGGACUUUAUGAAGGACUGGAUUGGCUUUCAAGGCAUCUGGUAGCUGCAGGUGUACUGGAUGUGGCUUAAGAGAGCCAGUAAGCAUAAAGAUCAGUUGAUUAUUUAUGUGAAUUGAUAUGAUCAGAUAUGAACUUCAUCUAAACCUGUUACUCCUUAAAAAUGUUUUGUUGGAAUGCUAGACUGAAGCGCACUGUAGGUAUAACUUGUAAAUUACAGUAACCAAAUAGUGACAUAAUGUAUUUGUGGGAAAGGUGCCUUAAUUUCUUUUAAAGAAAUUUGAACUGAGGAUCUUCAGCCUUCCCUGUUAAACAUCCUUCUCUCAGGACUUAGCAUCUAUUUAAUUUCACUUCUUUCAGUGAUGGCCUUGCUGCAUUCACUUGUUCUCUCAGAUUUGGGUGCAUGUAUAACCAUUAUUUCACAUUACCAACAUAGUUUACUAUAUAUUAAAGUGAAGCAGGAACUGACUGCACAAGUAUUUGGUUCUGGUUAAUAGCUUUUGCUUGUAAAAAUCAAGCCCAUAUCAAUACUAGUAUAGUAAUAACAGUUUUUCACUUGGACUAUAACCUUACUAUUGCUUUUAUAUAUUUCCUUUAUUCUUAUUUUACUCAAUUUGGAUGCUGCUUUUGAGGAAACUCUUCUCUGAUACUAAAUAAUUAUACAUUUUUGCACAUAUCAUUUAGGUAAAAUUUCCUAUAAGCAUAGGAUCUUUUUAUUAUCUGUAUCUUGGAAAACCUGUUGUGCUAAUCAGAGAUAUAUUUAUUACUGUUAUUAUUCUGCAAAUGUGGCUUACCAGACUGGUAUUGGACUUAUUAAGGACUUAUUAAGGCUGCCUCCAAAAUUGCAUUAAUUCAAUUACACAUUCAUGUUAGUUUUUAGAUACAUUUAGAAAUUUCUAAUGUACAGAUAUUCCAUCCAUUCAAAGUUGAUAUUUAAGAAAACAUUAAAUAUGAUAUCUGACAGAUUUGAAAAGUUAUUCUAUGACCUGUUUAUCAGGUGAAAUUUCUUUAUAAAUAUAUUAUGUGCUUUAAUUGCAUACGAUCUGCUGGUAUUUUUAAUUUGUUGAAAUCAUAUAUCAUAAAUUUAUUAAUUUUUCAUGCACACAUUGCUUGUUAGUGGUGUGCUUUCACUAAAGUAUGAGCAGCCUUGAAAAUGCAGAAAAAAAUAACAGUGAAAUAGGACCUCCACUAAUGUAGUUGAGAUGAGAAGUUUAAAAAUUAAUAGUGCAGGUUGUAGCAAAAAUUGAAGAUUCAGCAAACCAUUUGUUCAACUCUAGAAAGGGCAGGAAAUUUUUGCCCAGAAAAAAAUACAUUCUAAUAAAAAUGGAGAGAAAAAUAAAGGCAGUCUCUUGAAUAUUAAAAUAAGAGCAGCAUUUCUCAACUUAAUUAUUUACAAAGAUAUCAAAGUUACACAUUCUUGCUGUGAAUUGUGGGAAAUGUACCAGACCAUCCAAAUAUCAGCUUAGAUAAAAAAUGUUCUGACUGCUUUAUUUGCCUUUUCCAUUUUAUGGAGACUGCUUCUACUACAUGCCUUUCUUGCUUCUUUCUCUCUUCAUAUUAUAUUUCACCAAAUUCUCUGUAGGAGUUGGGAUUUUACAUCUUUGACAAAUUGCUGUCUAUUAAAUUUCUUGUCAUAAAAACUCAUGAAAAGCAAGCCCCUAUCCAGAUAGUUUGUCUUCCUCUUUUCUUAUCUCAGUUGGGAUGUUGUUGGAGUGAAAAAACAGCUCUGCUUUACAGAAAAGCUACCAGUUAGAUAUAUGGCAGAUGCUAUUUCCAAUUAUGUAACAAAUGUUUCAGAAUUUACAACUACCAGUAUUUGCUUAAAGUGGUACAUAGAAAUCAGACUUUCUUUAAAAGACUUACGUGCCCUUGUCUUAGCAUCUUAGCUUAUUUUUAGCUGAGAUUGCAUGUCAGAAUGCCAUUUCCUUGUCAACUUAAUCCUUAUCAGAAUUUGGGAUUGUUAGGUUUACAGUUCAUUCUAAUCUGAUGAUAUAUGGCUAUGUCCCUCUAUUCUUUAAUAUCAGGUUUAGCUUCUCUUUAAUAUGUAAUUAUUCAAAAUCUGAUUUAUGAGGAAAUCUUGGAAAGUUGAAGAUCCUUUUGUGUGUGUGUGUGUGUGUGUGUGUGUGUGUGUGUGUGAAAACAUGGAAGCACACUAUCUCCCUCGUGCCACAGACUGCGCAUUUAAUUCUACUUUAAUUUGAAUUAAGAUUUGCUUUCAGAUUAAUUUUUUUUACUGUGAUUUCUAUAAAGAUUUUUCAUUUUCCCCCUUGAUACUAUUUGGCUUAUUGAUGGGGAAAGUUCUAUGAAUUGGUAAUUUUGAUGUUUAAUAUUGUUUAGUUUUUUGUGUUUUAUCAAGUAAUACACUAAGGGUCAUGCUUUACCAUGGUUAAUAACUUUAUGUUAAUACUUGAAUUCAUUCAUUUUGACAUGCACUACAUUUUAAGGUAAAGUUUGCUUGAUAGAGUAACUAGAGUAGCCUAAUUCUAGACUGAAAAUUUUGAUAAUUUUCUGAGAAAUCUAGGAGUGCAUAUUUAUAAUUCCUGCUAAUUUUCUUGUUAAAGAGGCUCUAUUUAGUUUAUACAUAAGUAAAUGUUCAGAUUCAGAACUCUGUUUCGAGUGCUGAAAUCAGUACUGUUUUAAGACUGCAAAGGGUGAAGCUAUAGCCAUGAUAAGCAGAAUUUCCUCAAUAGAAUGUUUCUUACCAAAGCAAUAGUUCUUCACCAAAAGUCCAGUGACAAUUAAAGCAAGAUUUUGAUAGCAAAUAUGUAGAUAUGCUCCAUCAUCAAUAAUAGAUGAUCAAUAAAAGACCUGUUUAUCUAAUUAAAAAUAGAGCUGCUGAGAACAAGGAGUCCAGAAACUGCGUUGACGAUUGGAAGUAUGUGGCAGAACUGGAGAAAACAAUUGGGAGUAUUGAUAGGUUGCCAGAGUCAGAACCCUAGGGAAGAUGAAACUAAGAGUUCCUUCCUGGCCUACUCAUUGAAUGCAUAAAAAAGUCAGAACCUGCUGUCAUGUAUGAAGUUCAUGCAGAUUGCAAAAGGAGGCAUUGUUACUUUUGUGUGUGUUUGAUUUGAGACUUUGCUACCUGCUUCAGUAGUGCAUGAGCUGCAGUGAAGGAUCAGCCCAGAAUUUGGAUGCCCAAUGAUACGGUCCUUGUUGAAUGGUAUUCCAAAGUCUGUAGCUAAUGGAAGAGCAGUCACUUACAACCCAGUCUAUGCUGUUGUUUUCUCCUGCUUCCCUAUUAAUACUUUCCAGUUAAUACUACUGGAACAAGUGUGUCUGCGUCUUCAAAAUAUAAUUGAAGUGAUUGAAUAAUUGAAGUGAUUGAACAUAUGUUUGUGUGUUGUGCCGUUCAGUGGAGCUUAAUCCUAGAUAACUUUCAGGAUCAUAGUAUUAUCAGCUUAAUGAAAUAUCAGUUCAUCUUUAAAACAUAAUCAUUUCUGAAACAAGGUCAGCGAAAGAUCUUUUAAACUGUACCCAUCAAGGGUUUUUUUUUCAUAUUGUAUUGAAGUAGUAUUGCUGCAUAUAAUUGUCUUUAAAGUAAAAAAAAGCUACCUAUUUGAGCUAAAAUAUUUGCCAUUGGUUCUCUCCCUUUGGAAGAUAUGUUUGGAUGACAGACAUGUUUCAGCAUUCUGUAGCAUUUAUGCAUUAAUGGAAACUUUAAUGUAUUAAAAUAAUUGGCUAUAGAUACCUAAAUACUAUAAAAGUAGGGGUUAUUUGUCACAAACAUUUCUCGCCUGCUUCAACUUCUGUCAAAAUACACUGCAAGUUUAGAUGUUUUUAAGAGCUAAGUUGUAGGUGCGAACCCUGUGUCUGUGAAGUAAUUUGAAAGGUUUUACUAUAUUUUAGUGAAGUCAGACUUCUGCUACUGUAUUGCUUGCUUUUAUUUCAUUUUAAUGUUAUUGGAAUGCAUGAUACCACUUGAUAUAUUGCAGUUCAAAAGGCUGAAUGUAAAUUGUUUUAUCAGUUUAAAUGCUAUCGCUUGCUUCAUGUAAAACUCUGAAGGUGUUGAUUUUAGGAGAAUGUGCAGAAAUAUUUGUUGGUUAAUAUUGACAAAGUUGAGCUCUGCUGCAAAUAUAGUGUACUUGUAUAAAAGUAUUAUUUAGCUGAAACUCACAGAAGUUACUGUGAAUAUAACUAUUAUAAUUGUCUGAAUUCAAGUUUUACCGCAUUUAGCAUCUUCUUGUUUGCAUUGUAUAUAACUUGUUCAAGCAGAAAUUAAAACUUGUUCAACACAUCAUUGACCUUUAAUUUUGUUUAGUGUACUAAUGAGUACAAGUUUUUAAAAUUGUUUCAGUUGCAAAGAAAUUUUUAAGAGCGGACUGUAUUUGAUUAAAGAGACCUUUGUAAAAUAAUGAUAGUUGAAUUUUGAUUAAAAUUAAAUGCAAUGUUCAACAAUGAUAAAGAAAGGCAUCAUAUGGUAUCACAUAUAAAAUACCAUAUGCAACAAUAUCCAGUUAUACUGUAGCUUAUAACUUUGUCAUUAGUUAUUUUAUAAUUACAAACAGGAAUAAAUCAAAGGAAAGAGUUAUUGCAUAAAAAUAUCCACCUUCUGCACCUGUAAUACAUGUAAAA